GUCUGUGUUGGUUUUUGGUCAUCCAUCGAUCAAUAAUGGAGUACGAAGCUUCCUUUUUGUUGCAAUCCCUGCAGUCCUCUUUCUGCUACUUCUUUUUCUCCUUCGCUCUUUGCUUCUCCAUCUUCUCUUUCUUGCCUUACUUGGUGAGACUGAAGGCCUGGUGUAAGUGUGAUGUCUGUCGUGGUUAUGUCACCUCCAGCUGGUCGACUGAAUUCGAUAAUCUCUGCGAUUGGUAUACCCAUCUCCUCAAGAACUCCCCCAGCCGGACGAUCCAUAUUCAUGUGCUCGGAAACACCAUCACCGCUAACCCAGACAACGUCGAGUACAUGCUCAAGACGAGGUUCGACAAUUAUCCAAAAGGGAAGCCUUUCUCCGCCAUCUUGGGCGACCUCUUGGGCCGUGGCAUCUUCAACGUCGACGGUGAUACGUGGAAGUUUCAGCGGAAAAUGGCCAGUCUGGAGCUUGGCAGCGUCUCAAUAAGAUCGUUCGCCUUCGAGAUAGUGACCAGCGAGAUCAAGCACCGGCUUCUGCCGUUCUUGUCAUCCACUGCGAGUGAUGAACAAGACCGCGUGUUGGAUUUACAGGACGUGUUUCAACGAUUUACGUUCGAUAACAUUUGCCGGUUCUCUUUUGGGUUAGACCCCGGGUGCCUCGAGUUAUCGCUUCCCAUGUCGGAGUUUGCCAUGGCGUUUGAUCUAGCGUCCAGACUGUGCGCCAAGCGGGCGUUAUCUCUGUCGCCGUUGGUCUGGAAGGCAAAGCGGCUGCUGAAUUUGGGGUCGGAGAAGAAGCUGAAGAAGGCCAUCAGAUUAAUCAACAUCCUCGCGGAUGAGGUGAUUAAGCAGCGGCGUAAACUAGGAUUCUCCACUCAUUUGGACCUUCUGUCGAGGUUCAUGGGUACCGUGAACGACGACGCGUACUUGAGAGACAUCGUGGUGAGCUUUUUAUUGGCCGGUCGUGACACAGUGGCUGCUGCACUGACCAGCAUUUUUUGGUUGAUGGCAAAGCAUCCAGAAGUCACAACGGCAAUCCUGGAAGAGUCGGACCGAGUUAUGGGACCAACCCAGGAGCUUGCGACUUUCCAACAACUACGAGAUAUGCAUUAUUUACAAGCAACGGUUUAUGAGAGUAUGCGGCUGUAUCCACCGGUUCAAUUCGACUCCAAAUUCCCUCAGGAGGAUGAUGUCCUCCCAGAUGGUACAGUCGUGAAGAGAGGAACGAGGGUGACCUACCAUCCUUAUGCAAUGGGGCGGAUGGAAGAGGUAUGGGGUCCCGACUGUCUUGAAUUCAAGCCGGAGCGGUGGUUGAAGAAGGGUAUUUUCUGGCCGGAGAGUCCAUUUAAGUACCCAGUUUUUCAAGCUGGAUUUCGGGUCUGUUUAGGCAAAGAUUUGGCAUUGGUGGAGAUAAAAAGCGUCAUGCUUGCCGUGAUUCGAGGGUUCGAGAUCGAAGUGGAUGAGCCCGACAAUUCACCGAGGUUUGCCCCGGGGCUCACCGCUACCGUCAGCGGCGGUCUACCCGUUCUGGUUCGUCAGAGAAGGCGGAGGAGCUAAACUGUAAUCCACCAGAAAGAUUAAGAAGAAAUGCAAGGAGUAAGGCUUCCAUGGACGAGUCUGAACGACGAGCAUCCAUGCAUGCAUGAGUAUCUCGUGUCAGUGGGCAAGUGUGAUAGAUGCAUGGCCAUGGCCAGGUGUAAAUAAGAUGGACAAUAGUCUUUAUUUUAUUUUUUAUGAUCUCUGUCAUGCCAGAGGCAGUUUCUGCAUGAACCUAUUAAGUUGUACUUUUGAAUGUUCUUC